UAAAAAGUCAACGGUGUCAUACAUUAAAAUACGGAGGGAGUAUAUGUAUACUUGCAAGAUCCCUGGACAAAAACACAGCAGCAUCCCUGUCCUGCGUUCUUGUCAUAUCUGUUAUUUGCUACAAAUAUUUAUCCGGAGGAAUACGAUACAACAUUGCAUUGGACGAGCUCCUCUUGAUUCCUACCUACUCGGAGAAACAAAAGCAACGUGCACGCAGAUAGCGUUUCUGCUCAGGAUCAAUGGCUAUGCAGCUCACUCCAUCCAAAUGUCCCAACCAACCCUAGCUUUGCUUGCACACACGCCGGAGAGAGGAGAUGACCAAAUCGACAAUGGGGCAAGAAGCCGCCGCCGCCGCCGCCGUGGAGCUUGGAGUGAAGCGAGGGGUGCCGACGCUGGUGGCGCCGGCGGCGGAGACGAAGGGUGGGCUCUACUACCUCUCCAACCUCGACCAGAACAUCGCCGUCAUCGUGCAGACCGUCUACUGCUUCGCGGCGGCCGCCGGCGGCGGCGGCGGCGGCGGCGCCGGCGACGCACUGAGGGAGUCGCUGUCCAGGGUCCUUGUCCACUACUACCCUCUCGCCGGCCGCCUGGCGCUCACCGACGACGGGAAGCUUAUCGUGGACUGCACCGGCGAGGGCGCCGUGUUCGUCGACGCCGUGGCCGACGCCGCCAUGGCCGACCUCGGCGACAUCACCCGCCCCGACCCCGCCGUCCUCGGCGAGCUCGUCUACAGCGUCCCCGGCGCCAAGAACGUCCUCGAGAUGCCCCUCCUCGCAGCUCAGGUGACCAAGUUCAAGUGCGGCGGGUUCGUGCUGGGCCUCGCCAUCAACCACUGCAUGUUCGACGGCGUCGGCGCCAUGCAGUUCGUCAACUCGUGGGGCGAGACGGCGAGGGGCGUGCCGCUCUCCGUCCCGCCGGCGCUCGACCGCGCCGUGCUCCGCGCGCGCGACCCGCCGCGGGUCGCGUUCCCGCACCACGAGUUCGCGCAGAUCGACGACGGCGAUGGCGGCGGCUCGCCGGCGCAGGACGGCGCCGAGCCGCCGCUCCUGCACAGGUCGUUCCGGUUCACGCCCGAGUCCAUCGCCCGCGUCAAGGCGCUCGCCGCGGGCGACGGCGGCGGCGUCGGCGGCGUCGGCGGGCGCGCGCCCACGACGUUCGAGGCGCUCGCCGGGUUCGUGUGGAGCGCGCGCACGGCGGCGCUGGGGAUGGGGCGCGCGCGGCGGAGCAAGCUCCUCUUCGCCGUGGACGGGCGGCCGCGGUUCACCGCGCCGCCGCUCCCGGCGGGGUACUUCGGCAACGCCAUCGUGCUGACCAGCGCCGCGUGCGCCGCCGGCGAGCUGUCGCCCGCGCGCGCCGUGCGGCUGGUGCGCGGCGCCGCGGAGGCGGUGACGGACGCGUACAUGCGCUCCGCGGUGGACUACUUCGAGGCGACGCGGGCGCGGCCGUCGCUGGCGUCGACGCUGCUGAUCACGGCGUGGUCGCGGCUGCCGUUCCGCGCCGCCGACUUUGGGUGGGGCCCGCCCGCGGCGUACGGCCCCGCAGCGCUGCCGGAGAGGGAGGUGGCGCUGUUCCUGUCGUGCGCCGGCGAGGGCGGUGGCGUCCGCGUGCUGCUCGGCCUCCCCGCCGCCGCCAUGGCCGAGUUCGAGCGACUCGUGGACGAGGUGAUCUUCUGAUCGCCUCCUGGAUUUGACGGCCAUGGUCAAAGGCUAAGCAGCGCGUAAUCGUUGACUAUUUAUAUACAUUAUGGUUGUUAAUUUAAUUGAGCAUCAAAGAGCUGUGUGGUAGUGACAGCCACUUAAUUUGCUGCAUGCAGCUGAUGAUAUGCCUCUCUAUAUAACUUGUUUGAAAAUGUCAUGGUUAAUGACAUUUGUUGUUUGAAAAAUAUUUUUGUGAAUGUUUGCAUUUAAAGCACUGCGAUGGGGCUAAUAUUGG